AUGGCUCGUCGACCGUAUGAUAUGCUCUUCAAAUUGCUGCUAAUCGGAGAUUCCGGUGUUGGCAAAACAUGCAUUCUCUACAGGUUUUCGGACGAUGCUUUCAACACAACGUUCAUCUCAACAAUCGGUGUGUUUUAUGCCGCUGUUUACAGGGUAUAUAAUAUGCAUUUAGGUAUUGACUUCAAAAUCAAAACAAUCGAGUUGAAAGGCAAGAAAAUCAAGCUUCAAAUUUGGGAUACGGCCGGUCAGGAGAGAUUCCACACCAUCACUACCUCAUAUUAUCGCGGAGCAAUGGGAAUCAUGCUUGUGUACGAUAUUACGAACGCGAAAAGCUUUGACAAUAUCGCAAAGUGGCUACGAAACAUUGACGAGGUUCGUCACUUGAAAGCUCGUACACUUGUAUUGUAGCAACAAUAUUUAUUUUACAGCACGCUUCUGAAGAUGUGGUUAAAAUGAUUCUUGGAAACAAAUGUGAUAUGAGCGAUCGGCGAGUGGUCAGCCGUGAGCGAGGAGAGAAGAUUGCACAAGAUCACGGGAUUCGGUGAGGCAUUUAUACAACACGUUUGUUUAUCAGCUUUUCUCUAUUCUAGAUUCCAUGAAACUUCUGCGAAGCUGAACGUGCACGUGGAUACUGCUUUCUAUGAUUUGGCCGAGGCGAUUCUCGCAAAGGUACUUUUGAAGUGUGUGUGCCAAUAUAAUUAACAUUCUUUUUCAGAUGCCUGAUGCCGCAGAUGAGCCACAACGUGAGACGGUCGUGCCGGGACAAGGACAGCGGCAAGGAAGUACCGGAGGAUGCUGUUAG